CUAUGAAAUGCGGUAUAAACUCAUCACUCUCCACUCUCUCCCCUCCAACACGGAUUCGGAGGGCUCAGAGGUAGCUCACUUUCCUCUCUCUUUUUAAAUCAAUCUUCAAAAUCAAGAAGGAUAAAGAAUAAUGUUAUUGCGAAGCUCUUCAUCACCAAUCUUGAAUUCAUGGAUACCCAAUUCAACAGUCGGGUCAUCACCCGAAUCCGAUAUUGUAAUACCACAGUUGACAAGAACCCGAUCGGUCUGCUUGAAAAGUUCGUUUAGAUUUGAAGAUAGCCCGGGGAGAACCGGACCUCUGUUUGAGUCAGAUAUCAGGGAGUCGUUGAAGCCGAAGAAGAGAGUGAACCGGGCAGGGACACCCAAGUCUAUGAAGGUCAAGGGUGGAAGAGAAGGUCAUGAGGUGGGGUCCGGGUCUGGGUCCAUGUUGUUGUCCAGCUCCGGGCUGGGGGUGGCGGAGGAAGAAGGGUGUGUGGCGGUGGCAGAUAAUGCAAGGGCGCCGCAGGCUUUUGUGAUGGGCGGUGGAAGCGGAGAAGGUGGUGGCAGGGUGUGCGGGGGUGGUGGCGGGAGAGGAUCGGAUGAUGGGAUGGGAUCUGGUUCACAAGAUCCGAAUAGCUGGAAUGGGAAUGAGAGUGCAGAUUCUUAUUACCAAAAAAUGAUUGAAGCAAAUCCUUGCAAUUCUCUCUUGUUAGCAAAUUAUGCCAAGUUCUUGAAAGAGGUUAAAGGAGAUUUUGCAAAAGCAGAAGAGUAUUGUGGAAGGGCAAUUUUGGCUGAUCCAAGUGAUGGCAGUGUUUUAUCACUCUAUGCUGAUCUAAUUUGGCAGACUAAGAAGGAUGCUGCACGAGCAGAAGCUUAUUUUGAUCAAGCUGUUAAAACUGACCCCAGUGACUGUUAUGUGCUAGCCUCGUAUGCUAGAUUUUUGUGGGAUGCUGAAGACAUAGAAGAGGAAGAGGAAGAGGAAGAGGAAGAGGAAGAGGAGGAGGUUGAAAACAGAUAUGAAAUUGACAAAACUGAUCCUCCUCCCAAGUUCUUCCAAGAGGAAUCUCAUUGGCCUCCCCUAGCUGCAGCUUCUUAAUCAAAGCUCACUAUGUUACGGUCGUACCAUGGAAGUCGAGCAUUCUAGAAAAAGUUAGUCGAAUGAUAACUUAUAUCUGAAUUUUGUUUUUCGGUCCAUCUCUCGUCCCGCCACAGGUUUAUCAAGGAUAAUGCUUGGUCUGUAUCUUUUGAUGUUGCUGUUAUCUAGUUUUCUCUUGUGAAUAUAUGAGAAAAAUAAGUGGACUGACUGUAACUUCUUAUCAGUAAUAACCCAGUUUUCUUUUUAAGCAAAUUCAA